UAAAAGACAAAAUACUAUUUAGAGCGUUUAAAAUCGCCAUCAUCGCAGCUCUAGCUCGCGAGGUAUGUGGCGCUAUACCAGUCCUCAAUUUCGCCGGCGACAUCUUCGCGACAGCGUCUACAGGAAAUAAUUUUGUGCUAACUCCGAACCAGCAAGCUAUGAUGCUUGGUCUCAUACAGGUCACUGGAUCUAUGUUAGGUUCCAGUGUAGUUGAGAAGGCUGGAAGAAAGGUACUUCUUUACGUAACAGCCAUCAUCUCGGGUCUCAGUAUGUGUGCUCUAGCAUCUUGGUUCGUAGUGAAAUCGCAAGGAAUAGACGCUGCAAGCUGGUUGCCUCUGGCUACGUUGUGCAUUUGCAUCUUCUGUGACUCCUCGGGUUUGCAACCCGUCUCUGUUAUCAUCAUUAGUGAGAUUUUCUCGUUUAAGCACCGCGGCUCAGUAAUGGGAGUAGUAAUGGCAGCGGCAGCUGUAUGUGCCUUCAUGCAAAUAUUAUUCUUCAAAAAAGUCGCUACAGCAAUUGGUCUUCACGUCUCCUUCUACUUCUUUGGAAUCGUAUGUCUACUCGCUGCCCUUUAUACUAUUCUGGUAAUCCCAGAAACGAAAAUGAGAACUUUGGAAGAAAUAUAUCAAGAUUUAAGGACCAAAAAGGAGAAAAAUGAAGAUAAGGAUUUAAAGGAAGCAUCUGUUUGA